AUGUGCAACGUCAACGCGCUCGGAGUCUACGUGUGGGAGACGAUCGUUUUCUUCAGCCUGGCAGCCUCCAAGGAAGCUGAAGCAGCAGCUCGAUCUGCCCCCAAACCCAUGUCUCCUUCUGACUUCCUGGACAAGCUGAUGGGGAGAACUUCAGGAUAUGAUGCCAGGAUCAGACCAAAUUUUAAAGGCCCACCAGUGAACGUCAGCUGCAACAUUUUCAUCAACAGCUUUGGUUCGAUUGCAGAAACAACUAUGGACUACAGGGUGAACAUCUUCCUGCGGCAGCAGUGGAACGACCCCCGGCUGGCCUACAACGAGUACCCCGACGACUCCCUGGACCUGGACCCCUCCAUGCUGGACUCCAUCUGGAAGCCUGACCUGUUCUUUGCUAACGAGAAAGGGGCCCAUUUCCAUGAGAUUACCACGGACAACAAGCUGCUGAGGAUCUCCCGGAACGGCAACGUCCUCUACAGCAUCAGGAUCACGCUGACUCUGGCCUGCCCCAUGGACCUGAAGAACUUCCCCAUGGACGUCCAGACGUGCAUCAUGCAGCUGGAGAGCUUUGGCUACACAAUGAAUGAUCUCAUAUUUGAGUGGCAAGAAAAAGGAGCAGUGCAAGUUGCUGAUGGGCUGACAUUGCCUCAGUUUAUCCUCAAAGAAGAAAAAGACUUGAGAUACUGCACAAAGCACUACAACACAGGCAAGUUCACCUGUAUAGAAGCUCGUUUCCACCUGGAGAGGCAGAUGGGCUAUUACUUGAUCCAGAUGUACAUCCCCAGCCUUCUCAUUGUCAUUCUGUCCUGGAUCUCCUUCUGGAUCAACAUGGAUGCUGCACCUGCCCGUGUGGGCCUGGGCAUCACCACCGUGCUCACCAUGACCACGCAGAGCUCUGGCUCCCGAGCCUCACUGCCCAAGGUGUCCUAUGUGAAGGCCAUAGACAUCUGGAUGGCCGUGUGCUUGCUGUUUGUGUUCUCUGCCCUUCUGGAAUACGCUGCCGUCAACUUCGUGUCUCGGCAGCACAAAGAGCUGCUCAGGUUCAGAAGGAAGAGGAGGCAUCAUAAGAGUCCCAUGCUCAAUCUGUUCCAGGAGGACGAAGCUGGUGAAGGCAGAUUCAACUUCACCGCCUACGGGAUGGGGCCAGCUUGCCUACAAGCCAAGGAUGGCAUCUCUGUCAAGGGAGCCAACAACAACAACACGGCCAACCCGGUGCCGCCGCCGUCCCGCUCGCCUGAGGAGAUGAGGAAGCUCUUCAUCCAGAGAGCCAAGAAGAUCGACAAGAUCUCCCGCAUCGGCUUCCCCAUGGCCUUCCUCAUCUUCAACAUCUUCUACUGGAUCAUCUACAAGAUAGUCCGCAGAGAGGAUGUGCACAACCAGUGA